AUGAGAUUGAGUGGUGAAAAGCCUGCUCUUACACCCUUAGAACUUAAUCAGAAGCUCACCUCAUUGGAAUUAGACAAAGGAAUCGAGAGCAAGGUAUCUGAUCCUUUGGUGGAAGUCACAAGCUAUCAAAAGCUAAUAGGAAAACUCCUAUAUCUCACAGUUACAAGACCAGACAUCAGUUAUGCACUACAAACUCUGAGUCCGUUUAUGCAAACCCCAAAGAAGUCUCAUAUGGAUGCAACCAUUUGUAUAGUGAGAUAUCUCAAACAUGCACCAGGAAUGGGGGUGAUUAUGAGACGAAGGCCAGCUAAUGCCUUGGUUGGUUUUUGUGAUUCAGACUGGGCAGCUUGUCCUAUAAGCAGAAUAUCUGUUAGUGGUUAUCUUAUUAAGUUUGGUGACUCUUUAAUCUCUUGUAAGUCCAAGAAACAACACACAGUGUCUCGUAGCAGUGCUGAAGCUAAAUAUAAAAGUAUGGCAUUUGCUGUAGAUAAGAUAGUAUGGCUACGAGGCUUAUUUGCAGAGCUGGGAAGUCCAAUUCAUCAACCUGUUAUCAUGUUCUCAAACAGCAAAGCAGCAAUGCAGAUAACUGUCAAUCCAAUCUUUCAUGAGCACACUAAGCACAUCGAGAUAGAUUGUUAUUUCAUCUGGGAAAAACUCAAAUAA